UUCAUCUGUCAAACUAGUGACCAUUCCCAUUUUCCCCAGUAGACAAUGUUUUAGUUUUCGUCUAGUGAGAAUUUACUGAAAGUAUACGCGUUUUGCUGUUGGAUAUUACAUAAAUAAUAUAGAAAUGGAAUAACGGAAAACUGUCGCGGAAUCAGAACGUGAAAGAGCAACGUAAAGCACAACUUUCCCAGAUAUUUCCUUUUCCAAAACAAACAUAAACAAUGGCCGGAAAAUCGAUUUUCUUUCUGAUAGCAAUCACUGCUAUCCAGACGAGCCUUGCAACCUACAUUACGGAUGACGUUUACGUUUCGGAACUGUUUUCGCUUCGUAUCGAACCACGGAUGUUCAAUUGGACAUUCCAGGGAUUGACGGAACAGUUCCUGUAUCGUCCGUCACUUGAAGGCUAUCCGGAUCUGCCCUCCUGGGUACGGUAUAUGUACAGUAAUGAGUACCAUUCGGGGUUUCUUUAUGGGACACCGCCCGAGAAAACCGCAGACAGCAAGGUGCCUCUGGAAAUUAUUGCCCUCAAUAAGCAAUCUUAUGAAACCAAACGAAUUGUGCUGAUUCUAACUGUCCACCGGAAGCUUCCUCCGCGGAAUGUGAUUCAAAUGAAAAUUGAUAAUUUGAACUGGGUCCACAUGAUGGACCCGGGUCGGAUUGAAAAUCUGAAGAACAUUUUCCGCAACGACCUGUGGCAGGAAAGUCGAUCGGAUUUGCAUAUCAUCUUCAUGGAUUCGGCUGUCAAACUGGGGGCACGGGUCCCGUUAAAGCCACAGCAACGGGAAGGCGUAGUUGUUCAUCUGGGCAGCCGAGCCGAUUUCUCGUCCCGCCUGCUGGAACUGCAGGAGGAAGUGAAACCUCUGUACAAGAUUGCGUCGUGCAACUACAAACGAACGUCGUUACAGACUACCUUCGAAAAUUCCGGAUUCAAGCUGGAUUGGUGUGCAUUCAAGUUGCACGCUGCCGACGACGACAUAACGGCAAUGCCACACCAUCCUCAUGAGAGCCUCAAUCUGGGUAAGGGAUCGGAGUUGAGCACCUUGCAUCGGUCUGAUAAAUGGGAUGCCCCAAUGAAAUCCGAGGUCCCGGAGAGGAACUACAGUGACGAAUUUGCGGUUUCGUUUGCAAUUCCGGGAAUGAUCUUCGCUCUGUUGUUGUCCAUUUUAACGGUUAUCCUAUGCUUCCAGCACGAGAAACUUUGUAGCCGGGAUGACGAUUCUGAAUAUUAUUUCGAUUUUCUGUUUAACAUUUGUACAGAUUUUUUCAGAUUGAAAAAAUCUUACAGACAAGAAUACCGGCCAGUCCAGGCAGUACAAAUGGUCCAGUACUUACAGCAACAACCAGCUCCUUCGCAAACUGCUACCCUGAGAAGUCUGAAGGAUGCCCCUUAUGAAGAUACACUAAGUCUUCGUUCUAGCAGCCCUACUGAGAGCUAUUAUCCAGACGGAAGUCCACGAAUUGGUAACACGUAUCUACGCCCGAAACCACCGCCUUACAAACCCUCUUCGGCUAAUUCGACCAUGCAGCGAAAGAUCGGUACUGGGGUUGACAUAUGACCUGAUGAGCCGCGAGUUUUGUUCUGCUAAGUGUCAUUGUAGAACAAAUAGCAAUCAUUCGUAGAGAAAAAUGAACGUCACCCGGGAAUAAUGUAUUCUAAGUAUAACUUGCUGACAAAUCAUGAAUAAAUUUGCGUGUUUGUAGUAAUAAUCGUACCAAUUGGAAUAGUAUUUCGUUAGAAAUAAAAAUUCAUAGGAAAUCUUUUUGAAAAAGUUUCAACAAAUCAAAAAAAAAAUACUCGUAGCAAUUUGAAACCGAUUAUGUUGUCCAAUAUGAGGCAUUUACUUGGAUUAAGCAUUUUUACUCUGUACUACCGUCUAUGGAAUCAUCUCCCAUUUGUAGCGAUUUUCAUUUCACUUGUUAAUUAAAUUGCAAGAAAGUAGAACAUGUACAUCCCUCAUUCAUGCAAUCAUAAUAAACAGUGACCAAUAGCAACAA